AUGAGAGAUUUAGCCGGUAAAAAAGAUGAAAGCUUUGUGGUCAAGCUCUACGAAUCGACGCGUGACUUUAAUCCGCAGAUACAACGGGCGAUGGACGAACAUAAGCCAGACCUCUUUAUUUUAGACCACUUUAUUGUUCCGCCGGCUUUGCCCAAGUCAGGCAUUCCUUGGCUGUACCUUUUCAGCGGAAGUCCAACGGCUAUUUUGGACUCUCCUGAUUUGCCGCCCUUCACUUCAGGCUACUCAGUCAAUGGCGAUCGGACUGAUUGGGAUGAGUUUCGCUCUUAUAGAAAGGCAUUUCGAGACCUGUACAUCAAGUACCAGACGCUACUCUACCAAGAGUUCGACUACGAGCCCACUGAAGAGGACUUUCCACUGCCCAGGGGAAGCUAUCCACAGUGCAAAUACGGCUACAUUUACGGGUACCCGGAAGAGCUGGACUACCACGAUGUGAUUCGAAUUCCGGAGAACUACAUUCGAGUGGACGGCUUCUGCCGAGAGUCUACUGAGCCCUUUCAGCUGCCAGAAGGAUUUAGAAAGGAGAGCGAAAAGUUGAUCUUCUUCUCACUGGGCAGCAUGGGUGGAGUGGACGUCGAGCUGAUGAAGCGAGUGACCUCCAUUCUCUCGAAGACGCCCCAUAAGACGAUCGUCUCAAAGGGGCCGCUCGCCGAUGAGUAUGAGCUGCCGGAAAACUGUUGGGGCAAAGGAAGUCUGCCGCAGAUGGCCAUCCUCCCCAUGGUGGACCUAGUGAUUACACAUGGUGGAAAUAACACUGUCACUGAAACGUUCUCCUUCGGCAAGCCGACAAUUGUACUGCCAAUGAUGGGUGACCAGUACGAUAAUGCACAGCGUAUACAAGACAAAGGUUUCGGGCGGCGUUUAGAGACGUACAAGUUUAAAGAAGAAGAACUGCUAGAUGCUGUGGAAAAGUUGAUCAACGAUGAAGCGCUGAAAGAAAAGUUGCAGGCUGCAGCAAAAAGAAUCGCCACAUCAAACAGCAAAGUGAAGGCAUGUGAGCGAAUUGAAGCACUGGCGGAAAAGUAUGCCAA